CGCGCCCCCCUCCCCUAUAAAUAACUGCCCACGCCGAGCCGUUCUGACACAGCCUUAGUACCACCACAGCAGCCGAUCGAGCAAACAUUCCUGACCCUCCCUCCCUCCUACGCAUUCGGCGGCCGGCAUUCUUUAGCUAGCUGCUACAAGCUCUAGCCAAGCUCACAGCUCGCGUUCCCUGCUCUGCUAGUGUCUCGGAUUCAGCAAAUGGCGGCGAUGAAUGUGUCGAGGGCCAUCGGCGCGGCUCUGCGGAGCCCGGCCUCGUCACCGGUGGCGGAGGCGGCCGCCGCGGCGAAGGCCAAGGACGCCGAGAAGCUGCGCUUCAUCGACGAGAUGACCUGCAACGUCGACUCCGUGCAGGAGCGCGUCCUGGCCGAGAUCCUCGCCCGGAACGUCGACACGGAGUACCUCAAGAACUGCGGCCUCGACGGCGCCGCCGACCGCGACGCCUUCCGGGCCAAGGUGCCGGUCGUGUCCUACGACGCUCUGCAGCCCUACAUCCAGCGCAUUGUCAACGGGGACCGGUCGCCGAUCCUGUCCACACACCCCGUCUCCGAGUUCCUCACCAGCUCCGGCACGUCGGCCGGCGAGCGCAAGCUCAUGCCCACCAUCAAGGACGAGCUCGACCGCCGCCAGCUCCUCUACAGCCUCCUCAUGCCGGUCAUGAACCUAUAUCUGUCGGGGCUUGACAAGGGGAAGGGCCUCUACUUCCUGUUCGUCAAGUCGGAGACCAAGACCCCGAGCGGCCUGACGGCGCGGCCAGUGCUCACCAGCUACUACAAGAGCGAGCAGUUCAAGAACCGCCCCUACGACCCCUACCACAACUACACCAGCCCGACGGCGGCCAUCCUCUGCGCGGACGCCUUCCAGAGCAUGUAUGCUCAGAUGGUGUGCGGGCUCUGCCAGCGCCACGAGGUGCUCCGCGUCGGCGCCGUGUUCGCCUCCGGCCUCCUGCGCGCGAUCCGUUUCCUCCAGCUCAACUGGAAGGAGCUCGCCGCCGACAUCGAGGCCGGCGCGCUCAGCCCACGCGUCACCGACGCGUCCGUGCGCGAGGCGGUCGCGGGCAUCCUCCGGCCAGACCCCGAGCUCGCCCAGUUCAUCCGGGACGAGUGCUGCAACGACGACUGGGCCGGCAUCGUCAGGCGCAUUUGGCCCAACACCAAGUAUCUCGACGUCAUCGUCACCGGCGCCAUGGCGCAGUACAUCGGGACUCUCAAGUACUACAGCGGCGACCUUCCGAUGGCGUGUACCAUGUACGCGUCGUCGGAGUGCUACUUCGGGCUCAACCUCCGCCCGCUCUGCGACCCUUCGGAGGUGUCCUACACCAUCAUGCCGAACAUGGGGUACUUCGAGUUCCUCCCCGUGGACGAGGCGACCGGCGCGGCGUCGUGCGUGGACGCGGGCAACCUGGUGGACCUCGCCCGCGUGGAGGCCGGGCGGGAGUACGAGCUGGUGAUCACCACCUACGCCGGGCUGAACCGGUACCGCGUCGGCGACGUCCUCCGCGUGACGGGGUUCCACAACGCGGCGCCGCAGUUCCAGUUCGUCCGCCGCAAGAACGUGCUGCUGUCCAUCGAGUCCGACAAGACCGACGAGGCGGAGCUGCAGCGCGCCGUGGAGCGCGCGUCGGCGCUGCUCCGCCCGCACGGCGCGUCCGUGGCGGAGUACACCAGCCAGGCGUGCACCAAGAGCAUCCCCGGCCACUACGUGAUAUACUGGGAGCUGCUGACGACGGGCGCCGGCGCGGCGACGGCGGUGGACAAGGGCACGCUCGACGCCUGCUGCCUGGAGAUGGAGGAGGCGCUGAACACGGUGUACAGGCAGAGCAGGGUGGCGGACGGCUCCAUCGGGCCGCUCGAGAUCCGGGUCGUCCGGGGCGGCACGUUCGAGGAGCUCAUGGACUACGCCAUCUCCCGGGGCGCCAGCAUCAACCAGUACAAGGCCCCGCGCUGCGUGACGUUCCCGCCGAUCAUCGAGCUGCUGGACUCCCGCGUGGUGUCCAGCCACUUCAGCCCCGCGCUGCCGCACUGGACCCCGGCCCGGCGCUCCGACUAGAGCGACGGCGAUCGCCCCACGAAGCACGGCGACGUCUCCGCCUGAAUCGAUUCACUCGUUGAAAAUUUUGGGUGUUGCCGUCGGCGUCAUCGGCUAGUAGUAGCAGUAGCAGUAGAGAACGAGAGUGAGUACCACCUUUGAUGCUAGGAAUGAGGCUGGAAUAUGGUUAAUGGUUGAUGUAACAGUCCGAUUACUGCCGGAGUAUGAUUAAUGAUUAAUGGUUGAUGUGCUUGUCUGUCUGUA